GGAAAUAGUUUCUUCAAGCUUUUCUGGUCUUCGCAAAUCCUACUGUCUAUUUUGGUCGCGAGAGAUGGCUGGGGAGAAAUUUUGCAUUUUUACGCCAGGAAACCUCGUCCCGACAAGCACUUGUGGGGCAUAUCUCGGUCCUCCGGAGUCCUGACUUCUGGACAGAUAGUAUGCCAGACCCCAUGCUUCUGCACAGAACCAUUGGGACCCGUUUCCCAGAAAUAUUACACGUUGAGAGUUUCAUCGCAGGGGGAAGGACCGGCCUUUUUGUCACAUUUUCCUCCAUUGCUUCCCGAAAUGAGUUCAUUCAUUUCACUCGGGCUGUAGCAAAUCCAAAUGAUCCCCUAUAUUCCAUCCGGCGCAUGGAUAGAAGUGUAGACGUGCACUCUCUUCUAAAGUGGUAUCAUAUCCCUCUAUCUCUCGGGAAAAUCCUUAUGGCCUAUGGUGCCCUGGAGCUCACCGGAACCCCCACAUUCGUCCCAAACCGAUCAGUGGCACUUGACAAGUCUCCGACAAACCUUGCGUCUUCUGCUACUCAAAGCAGCCUUUCCAAUCGCCAAUCUACGACCAACAACGUAUCAGCUCAACAACCCUCCUCAUUCCUUGCGCCUUCACGGAGCGUGGCCCCGACUACGCUGAUCAAGCCUGCAAGCCAUGGCCCUUUACCCCAGGUGAUUGGAGCGUCGAGUACCCAAUCUCAAGAGCUAGCUCAAAACGGCCAGGUGGGGACGAGACCAACAUAUCCAUCUCUACAAGCCCGGCGUUCGAGCGAUAUUUCUCAAUCGAGUAACUGGACUCUCCCCAACGGUGGAAUCGAGUCCACAAGUUCCGGAUCCACUCACCGUUCCGAAGGUGCAGACUCGCUGCGAAAGAAGAGUGAAACACAAUCGCAGUCGUCUUUGGCUGCCGAAAACACUUCAUCUCACCAUGUCCUACCCCAAGCCCCGGCUCCGACAGUUAUGGGUAAGGGCGUCAGCACUUCCACCCCUUCUGCCGUAGUACUCUCCAAGACAUUGUCGUUACCUACAUCAGGCUCAGGCCUCAUCAGCGUCUCCGAAGUUUUCAGAAGCCGGACCGAGGACAUCCGUCAACCGGGGAGCAGUUCAAUCCUAGCAUUCGUGGUGAAUUGGUCCCAAAUGGGACGGAUGUGGUGGCGACCGAGACUGAGUUUCAAGAAAUCAAACCGAUUGUGGUUGAGACCGACGUCCAACUUUCCGAUAUCCAUGCAGAAAUUUUGGACCUCGAGGAGCAGAUUGCUGAGCGGAAGGUAAAGGAUGAGGUCAAUGUGCUUCGGGAGGAAUUGGGCUCUGUUAAACGUUCUCAAGCCGAGGUGCAAACCGUUGGGAAAGCCACCUCCCAUGCGUCUGUUCAAACAGGCGUGAUUGCAGGGUUCACAGGAGAUGCUUGCGUUCAAACGGAGCCUGAGGAGAAUCUCAUCGAUGCUGUCGCAUUAACAAAAGAAUUGGAAGGGCUCCGCCAAGUCAACACGGAACAAGAAGCAGCAUUGGACCAGCUAAAACGGUGUCACUCGAACGAGCUGGAAGA